AAAAGGCAACAGAAAAAGAGGUUACAGAUAGAAACAUAACAGAGAAUCGGAAAAAUGACGUGGGCCGCCGCAGCUAGUCGCUUCCAAAUGCCAACAAUGGACGUCGCCGCCCUACGCAGCCGAGCUCCGGUAGCGUUUGGAGUGGGCUGUGUUUCACUUGCUGGUGCAAACUUUCGUCGGUCUAUUUCACCAGCUCGGUCAAAGCCUUUCGCUUGCUUAAGUACUUCCACUGAUACAAGUGUAAAGGAGGCUGUUCACACUGAUAAGGCUCCGGCAGCACUGGGGCCAUACUCUCAAGCCAUCAAAGCUAAUAACUUUGUUUUCGUCUCUGGGGUUUUGGGUCUUGUUCCUGAGACCGGGAAGUUUGUCUCAGACAAUGUGGAGGAUCAAACAGAGCAGGUUCUCAAGAAUAUGGGGGAGAUACUUAAAGCAAGUGGCGUUAGCUACUCUGCAGUUGUUAAGACGACGAUCCUGUUAGCUGAUCUGAAGGACUUCAAGAAAGUGAAUGAGAUUUAUGCUAAAUAUUUUCAAUCUCCUGCACCAGCCCGUGCAACUUAUCAGGUGGCAGCACUGCCAAUGGAUGCAAGGAUUGAAGUCGAGUGCAUAGCAGCAUUAUGAUUCCUCCUCCACUGUUGCGCUCAACUUCUUAUUUAGACCUCGAAUGGAGCAAGUCUUCUGACUUCCUAGCUAAAUUUGUUAGAUUUAAUAAGCGGAUAGCUAGCUAUUAGUUCAGGAGCUUUUGUUCUUCUUCUUUUAGCUCCAACUUCCCGGAGCUGAGAAUAAACGCUAUUCAAGAACGUACUGUAACUGAGCGUCCAUGAACACUAUUAUGAAGAAGAAAUUUGGUGAUAUUUUGGCCCUACUA